GUUGCUCAGCGCGUGUACCGAAUUUAAAAAUGUAUUGAAAAUAAAUGUUAUUUCUCCACCGAGGAAGAAAUGUUAUUCCUCGUUUUACUGGUGUAAUGAAUGCGAGAGGCACAGUGACUGUACAAUUUGGGAGGGAGUUGUCAGGGCAAAAAUCCAUUGGCAUGAAUGUAAAACUAUGCAAUGAACGGGGGCACAAUUGUUAUUUUCUAUUUCAGCUAGAGAGGGUUGCUUAAAAGGGGGGCAGUAUUUUCCAUUUUCGCUUCUACAGAGCACACAGUCUGUUGUUUUAGUAGCGAGUCAAGCAAGCGGGCGCGCGCUGUUGAUGGGGUACUUGAGCUGCAGAUUUGCUCAGCACGCUCACGGAACUUGUCUAUCUGCGCGACAACGUGUUUGGCUGAGUGGUGGCUAAUGGCUGCCAUAGAAAGUGAGAAAGACAACAACAAAUGAAUCCUUGAGAGAAGACGAAAACAGGUAGAGGAUGGUGAGCAGCCAGCCGAAGUAUGAGCUGAUCCAGGAGGUGGGGCGUGGCAGCUACGGUGUGGUGUACGAGGCGGUGGUGAAACGGACUGGAGCCCGGAUGGCCGUGAAGAAGAUCCGCUGCCACAGCCCAGAGAAUGUAGAGUUGGCCCUCAGGGAAUUCUGGGCCCUGAGCAGUAUCCAGAGCCAGCACCCCAAUGUCAUCCACCUUGAGGAGUGUGUCCUGCAGAGAGAUGACCUGGCUCAGAGGAUGAGCCAUGGGUCCAGCUCCCCACUAUACCUAGAGCUGGUGGAAACAUCUCUGAAGGGAGAGAUUACCUUUGACCCCUGCUGUGCCUACUACCUGUGGUUUGUCAUGGACUUCUGUGACGGAGGAGACAUGAAUGCUUACCUGUUGUCCCGUAAACCCAGCCGCAAGACCAACACCAGCUUCAUGCUGCAGUUAGGAAGUGCCCUGGCCUUCCUCCACCGAAACCAGAUCAUCCACCGGGACCUGAAGCCUGACAACAUCCUCAUCUCCCAGGGAAGGACCUUGGCUGGAACCCCCGAGCCUACCCUGAAGGUUGCCGACUUCGGCCUAUCCAAGGUCUGCUCCACGUCGGGCCUGAACCCUGAGGAACCAGCAUCUGUCAACAAGUGUUUCCUUUCCAUGGCGUGCGGCACAGACUUCUACAUGGCUCCAGAGGUGUGGGAGGGCCACUACACGGCUAAAGCAGACAUCUUUGCCCUGGGCAUCAUCAUCUGGGCCAUGGUGGAGCGCAUCACGUUCGUGGAUGUUGAGACCCAGAAAGAACUCCUGGGAAGCUACGUGCAGCAGGGGGAGGAGAUCGUGCCCCUCGGGGAGGCUCUCCUGGAGAACCCCAAGAUGGAGCUGUUGAUCCCAGCCAGGAUGAAGAGCAUGAAUGCCGGCAUGAAACAGCUUAUCAGGGAGAUGUUGUCGUUCAACCCUCAGGAGAGGCCUGACGCCUUUGAACUGGAGCUCCGACUGGUCAGGAUCGCCUGCAGAGAGCUCGACUGGGACACGUGAUAAUGGGGGUGGAUAGGAGGGGAGAGGACCAUGGGACUUGUAGUCACAACGUCAAGAACAUGUAUCUAGGCCUAAUUCACCACUGUUUGCUCUUGUGACGGAGGCCACACAAAUAUUAUUUUUUUCUCGCUCUCGCUCUCUCUCUCUCUCUCCAAGGGAACAAUUCAAAGUCUGCAAAGAUUUUGGCUUUGCAGUUGGAUAUUGGAUCGGAAGUACUGGUAAACCUAGCUCAACAGGUUGACAGCCAGUCUGUAUAAAUUGUUGUUUUGAAUGUUAACAUGGCAAGGCUGUCCAUAAGCACAUUCAGCUGUCUGUCUUGCAGAAGGAGAUGCGUUGCUAGCUACCCCACUGCUACUGGUUUAGGUUAACCUGUUAAAGUUGCCUCUGUAGUUUGCCUACAAAUGCCACCCCAGACUCUGUGGUAAUAUUCAUACUAAAGUUAUGAUACAGGGAGACUAUCCUGUUAUGAUAUGGAUGCAAUUAUACACACAGGUCCACACCUCAGUGAUCGUGAACUGUGCACGGCUGGUUUUACCAGAAUUCUGUGACCACACCCUGCUCUUCCCUUUCAACAAACAUGCACACGCACACUUCCCACUGCUCAGGUAAAAACUAAGAUAUACUGUUUGUUGGGAUUUGUAGACAAACAGCUGUUUUUGAAGAGAGAGCAACAUGACAGAGGCCUGUGUAUUCUGAGCUGGCCCUGAGCCAACUAUGGGAAUUAGGCUAGUGGGAGCUGACAGUCUUGGUAUGCCAGUGCAGACCUAACCUAGCAAUUCCCAGCCCAGUGCAGACCUAACCUAGCAAUUCCCAGCCCAGUGCAGACCUAACCUAGCAAUUCCCAGCCCAGUGCAGAC